GACCUCCGCAACGCCGACCUGCGCUGCGCCAACCUCGAGAACGCAAUGAUUGGCGGGGUCGACUUGAGCGGCGCGAUGCUGGACGGCGCAAACCUUCGGGGCGCCUCAUUGAGCGACUCGUCCGCCAUCACGACGGCGUCGUUUGUCGGCGCGCAGAUGCACGGCGCCAUCCUCGACGGCGUAAACCUUGAGGCUGCGCGCUUCGACUACGCCGUCAUCGAGGGCGCGGACUUCUCCUCCUCGACGAUCCCGCGCGCCAGCUUCGUCGGCGCAAGGCUGGUUGACACCAAGUUCACGGGCGCAAAGGUGUGGGAGUCAGACUUCUCCAGGGCGGAGCUGCGUACCGUCGACCUCCAAACCGCCGAGCUCGCCCGCUCCAACUUCACCGGCGCAUCGCUCCACACGUGCGACCUCUCGCUGGCCGACGUCGACGGCUGCACCUUCAUCGGCGCGAAGCUGGUGGACCUAGCCCUCACA